UUGUCUUUUUCCUUUGCUUCUCGCUUCCACUCUCAUCGUCGAACGGAAUAUCUGUAAAUCUGUAAUCAUCGGUGGCGGAGAACCGGUGGCACGAUCUCCCUCCCCCUCUCUCUCACAUGGCGCCUUCUUCUCCGAGCAACACCGCUUCGCAACUUUCUUCAACCGCUACAGAAAAUGAUCUUCAGCCAUUCUUUGUGCUACAUAAAGCUUCACCUAGGAGAAAAGAUAGAACAUCAGCAGGACAGGGAAAAUCUCGCAAAAGAAAUAAGUUAUCUCCUCGAUUGCCACAUAGUGCAAAGAAACAGGAAGAAAGUACAGAUGAAGAGUGUGAUCGCUAUUUGUGUCAGCAACAGCAGAUUGAAGCUUUUGAUAUUGUUUGGACAAAAAUUGAAUCUACUAUUAAGGAUGUCCUGAGAGAGCUCAAUGCUAGUGUAUUCAAUAUUAUACAAAAAUGGGUUCAGGAGUGCUUCAAUACUACUAGAUUGGUUGGAGAACCUAGCAUUUCUGUAGCAACUCGGUCUUUUCCUGUUCUAUCUAAUACAACUCCUGGGAAGUUGUACAGCGCAUUAGUUGUUACCAGAAACAUAGAGUUUGUUGAUGACAUAAUGACAUUUGAAGAGCUUGGCAUAUUCUUGAAAUCCCAUGGAUGUCAUGUGGCUAUGCUUUCAUCAAUGGAGUUUUCGUUGAAAAAUGGAAUUGCUGGUUGCUUGAAAGCUUUAUUGCGAGAGUUUCUAGGGAAUUCUUUCGAUCCAGCUGAUAUAUCUGCCUUAGCAUCAUGGUAUAGAGAACAAGAAAACUACAAUAAACCACUAGUUCUGAUCGUUAAUGAUUUGGAAAGGUGUUGCGGAUCAGUCUUAACUGAGUUUAUCCUGAUGUUGAGUGAAUGGGUUAUCAAGGUGCCAAUAUUCUUAAUAUUUGGAGUUGCAACGACAGUGGAUGCCCCAAGAAACAUUUUUCCAUCACAUGCUCUUGAGUGUUUCUGCCCCUCUAUGUUUAUGCUUGUAACGCCAGCUGAGAGAAUGGAUGCAAUUGUUGAGGCUAUUCUUGUAAAACAUUGCACCACAUUUAAUAUUGGUCAUAAAGUGGCACAGUUACUGAGAAAUUACUUCAUCAAUCAGGAUGGGACAGUAACAUCUUUUAUAAGAGCUUUGAAGGUAGCAUGCUUAUUACACUUCUCUAUGGAACCUUUGAGUCUCAUACAAGGGAGAAUUCUCGUUGAAGAUCAGGAAGGAAGCUCUGGAUUAUCACCUGAGACUUUGUUGAAAUGCAUGCACGAACUUCCAUCGCAUGCAAGGAAUAUAAUGGUUGACCAGACUAACGAGAGCAUGGCUGAAGGUUUGUCAGAAUUGGUGACAGUGCAGAAACUAUGGAGCACUGUGGUUCUCUGCCUAUACGAGGCUGGAAAAUAUAGCAGAGUGCAGCUGCUGGAUUUGUUUUGUGAAUCCCUCAAUCAUGUUUUGUACCCAUCAAGAGAUUCGGUUAUGAGUGAUGAAAAAGACCAUGGGUUGUCCUCAACAAACGAUCCCUUUCAGCAAUAUUCUAUCAUGCAAAGUGGAGGUUUAAUUUGCCAGAUAGCACGCAGAGUAAGGGAUCUCCCUCCAGGAAAGCUAGAUCAAUUGAUUGAGAGUUGGGAUAAAAUUACCGCAGAUAUUUCAGAGAUUCAUGAGAAACUGAAAAUCUUGCAAUCUUCAGUAAGAUGUCAAGAUGGAAAGAGUUCACGCAGGAGUUCCAAGGACAUUAACAAGAGAUGUGACAAGGACUCAAGAAUGUCAAACUUGCAAGCUAUCGCAUUUCUGGAUGAUUUAGUUAGAAACUAUUUGAGGCCCAUUGAAGGAAUGCCUUUCAAUGAAAUUUUCUGCUUCAAAAAUGUUGAGAAGCUUCAAUCGGUUCUGAUUGGAGAUCCAAGGAGAAGGAUUCAAGUUGAUCUGUUGGAGUUUCAUAAUAUAUUAUGUUGCAGUUGCUGUAACAAGAGUGGCAAGGGCCUAUUGCCAUCCAGGCACGAUUCCUCAAUUAUGUACUCACUAGCUCAAGAGCACGGAGAUCUUAUCAAUCUUCAUGAUUGGUUCCAGUCUUUUAGAACAAUUGUUCUUCAAAAUACAAAUAAAAGGAAGCAAAAAUCAAAGCAGACCCCCUUAUCAAAGAAGAGAAAAGAAAUGAAUGGAUCUGCAGACCAAAAUGAAGCCUCAAUCCAAGCGCGAUUUUGCAGGGGAAUUACAGAGCUGCAGAUCACUGGUCUAGUUAGAAUGCCUAGCAAGAGACGUCCAGACUUUGUACAGAGAAUAGCAUUUGGAAUUUGAAUACAUAAUUCACCGGUUUACCUUUCUCUUGUGAUUUCUUAAUUUUCUUAUUAAAAUGCAAUAUUAAUUCAUUUUGUAUACUAUCUAAUUAUUCAUGGUCCAAUGUGAUAUGAUUAAUUAGUUAAUUGAUACUCCUAAUUUAAAAGAAGCUCUGCCCCCUAAAAAAAAGAAACGUUUAACGGGAAAUAGAGCUAGAAGAAUUGUCUGCAUAUUAUUGAAGAUUUAUAAAGAUUAUCUUUUUGGAA